AUGCGCUUCCAUAUCUUAGGGACACAAGGCAUCGGCUUCUUGAUCGCCCAUAUUUUGAAACGCAACAAUCAUGACGUAACUCUUUUGCUUCGUGAUCGCUUGUCCCUCGCAAACUUUACGCGGAAGGAUCGAGUGAUUACAGUGCAUUAUCAAAACGAUGCGGUUGAAACAUCGAAUGGAUAUCAACUGGAGGUGUUGAGAGGACCAGGAAUGGGUGUCAAUGAAACUGGAGAUGUGGAAUCAAAUGAAUUGGCUUAUCCUCUAGCAGAUAGUGAAUAUGGGCUUGGAGAAAAUAAUGUGAAGAAUGCCGAUCCUGAUACAAAAGGACAUUACUAUUUUCCCUCCAAUUCAUGUUAUACGCGUGGACAAUUUGAGGUUAUGGUGGAGAGAUUGGGAAGGGUAUAUUUUGGAAUUGUGCCCGGAGAAGAUGGGAGAGAGGUUAGGGUUAGUGGUAUGGCUAAUGAACGACUUGAUGGCUUUAACUCGGAGAAAGCCAAAAUUAACUCAGAGAACAAUAAUAUCGAUUCAGCAAAAGAUAACAAAAAAGAUAGUAUAAACUCAUUCUCGACCACACAGUCAUCGCUCCAUUCUACCAUAUCCAUUCUUACAUCUCUUCCACUUCUCUCCUUUACCCGCCUCUUCUACCCAGUCGUUAUCGAUCAUUUACUCGAAAAACUUCUCAUAAACGCGUGUCUUGCGCCAAUCUCCACGCUUUUCAAUGUAAAGUACGGGAGUUUAUUGUAUAAUAUGCCAGCAAAUAGAGUACUGAAAAAGGUUGUGAGUGAAGCAUCGGCCGUAGUCCGGGCUUAUCGUGGGUUUGUGAUUGGAGGGUUUUUGGAAGCAGAACGAAAAGCAAGGGAAGCAAAUAUGGAAGAGACGAGUGAUACGGACAAAGAAUUCAGUGGAGAGGCUAGCGAUGCUGUUGCUCAUGAAAAGUCAUCUCAAGUUGUAUCUUGCGACGAAUCUUUAAAGCUUGACGCUUCACCCUCAUCCUCUCCAAAACCGCAAUUCACAACGUCAACCACGCAUUCCUCUCAGCCAUCUCAUUCUUCGGUUUCACCAUCCCUUCCGCUUCCGCUGACAAAUCGCUUCGGUCCCGACCGUAUUCUCGAUGCCGUAUUACAAAUCUGCAACACUCAUCCACACAUAUCGUCCCCAAUGUCUUCUGCGGUACUCUCCUGUCGGCUAACUGAUAUAGAUUAUGUGAAUGGAUUCAUUGUAAAAUCAGGUCGCAUGUGUGGAUUGAGUACGCCGGUGAAUGAAUUUUUGAUUGAUGCGAUCAAGAUGAAACAUAGAAUUACGUGCAGAAAUCGUGAGACAGGGAGAAAGACUAGAAAUGGAUUUAAGGGAUAA